AUGGAAAAGAACGUGAAAGCCACGCAGAAACUUUUGCUGAGUUUGAAGACUUUGCCGUCUUUUCAGCAGCUGAAGGACAAACACUUGUCGCACCUUUUGGGUUUGAUUGGCAAAAGUUCAUCGAUCCAGAUUGGUCCAGCUUCUGAACUGGUGGAUAGUUUAGAUGGAUCAGUGUGGUCUGAGCAGGAUCUUGUGACUUUGAAAAGCGCCAUCACUCAGAAGAUCACCUCCGAGGGGAUGCAGGGAACACGCCGCCCACUGCAGAACUAUUGCGCCUUGCCGCGCUAUUUGACACAAGACCAGUGGACUUUCAUGCAGACAAAUGAGUCACAGCAAGAAAGGGUGGAAAAGGCAGUGUCAUUAGCUGGUUCUCUGGGGCUUCGAUGUCCAUCAGAAACCACUACAGCCUGCAUUGUGUGGAUUGCCUGUUGUGCUUUUCGUGGGCAAGAAGUUUCGGAUCAUCUGAAGUAUCAAUGUCUGCAGGAAUAUAAAGCAAAAAUUAAGAAGUGGCUGAGUGGUUUGCCACCCCCUGCGGUAUACUUGACGGAGUUACCAACUGAUGUGGAAGCUUUGCCUGACGUGCUGCGUGCCGUGGCAUUUCCAACUGGCCGCGUGCCGGGUUUGCCUGCGGGGCUCAAUUUGGACAGUGCAUUUUUGGCUUUGAAUCGUUUCCCUCUGAGGAAGACAAAUUUGAUGGCAAACAAUGGCCGCCAGCAGUUGAACGGUAUAUCUUCGCAGUCAGGUUCGUCUGCUGAAGCGCAGGUGUGGCAUGCUAUGGGGCAGAUGAUGGCCGCUAUGGCUUCUGGAAUGCGUGCGUCGCAACCAGCAGAUUCUGAUCGUUCAACUGCUCGCGAGGCAGUGGCGCGUCCAAAAGUGCCUUUGCUAGCGUUGACUAAUGGUUCUGUGGAACCUGCGGGGGAAGUUGAUCGCUGUGAGUUGCCAAAUGCCGAGGGCACUGGCGGCGUCGCGGCAUUGAGGGCGGAGGCAGGUGAUGCGCCUUCAAAUGGCGAUGGUGUCAUGGCGUCUGAGUUGCAGACCUUGCGUGACACAAUGGGUCUUGGCGCAGCUGAGCCGGCGGAAAAGACAGAGAAAAAUUCUGCGCCGAUGAAGCGCCCGAGUGGCAAAAAGGUAAAGAAAAUUGCUAAGAGGCGCCUGCGGGGCGCGGGGAGAGAUCUGCGGGAUCUGUCGCACAGCCCGAGGGGCGUCAUCGACCUGCGGGGUCACGAGCACAGCAUUCCCGUGCGGAGUGACAUGUCUGACAGCGACAGCAGCUAUGAGAGUGUGGAAGAAGAAUCUGCGCCGGCUGCCAGCGCUAAGUCGCGGGCUGCGCCGCCACCAGAUCCAGCCGCGCGAAGCGGCUCUGGAAGUCCGCCGCGUGCGGCAAGGGCAAGGGAAAAGGCUGGACCCAGUCGUUUCGACAUUGCCCGCAUUGCUGGCAGAGAACAUCAACCUUUAGCAGCGCUGUGCAGCAGCAUGAAUACUGGAACUAUAUAUGCCUGCGUUGGCAGCGAUACAAUCGUGGCGGCAUCACAUGGGAAGAAGCAGGAGAAGGAGCUCAGAGGCAAAAAGAUCGCCGUGAGAGGCGUCACCAGCAAAGCAUGUACAGCCGCGCGCUGUCUUGCACCUGCUGAAUAUGAGAUGAAGGAGAAGAAAGAUCGCAAGAGACGCCAGAGGGAGAAGAAGCGCAGGACGCCAUCGCCGGUGAUCAAGCGUGAGCGAAGGCGCCCGCCCAGCAAUGACUCCCGCGAUGGCUAUGAGCCCAGAAUUGUUCGUCGCAGGGAUGGAGAGACCGGUGACGCUAUGGGGCCUGCGGGGCCGGAAUUCACGGAAAGCAGCAGUGAGGAAAGUGUGACGGAGGAAGUAGUGGGCACUGCUGCUAAAUCUAAAGCAAGGCCGCCUUCUCCGACCACAGGAACAUCAGAGUCGGAGACGGCACCCAACCCGAGUGGUAAGGGAGGCUCUGCUGCUGAAGUUGUCCCAGCAGAUGGGCCUGGAAAGGGAAAAGGGAAGGGGAAAGAUCGCUCGGUGUGUCAGUAUUGCUGGCAAGCUUGCAGUAGUUUUCCGAGCGGUCGCGACCAGCAUCAAUACUACAACAUGCAUUGCUUGACAUGGCAACGUUACCUGCGUGGUGGCGCCACAUGGACACAGGCACGCAACUGGGCAAUGCAAACGAAAAUGGGCAGGGAAGACGACAUCCCUCCUGCGGGGGCGCCGUCAUCAGGGAGCCGGCCGCCUCCACCGCCGCCUCCAGAACCAAAGCGCGCCCCUGCAUUGAAGACUGCAGAGCACAGGGAGCACAAGGUCGAGCUUCGUGAGAAGAAGAAUCGCAAGGAAAAAAAGGAAAAGAUCGAGAAGGACAACGCCAUCGUCGACGUCGGGAUUCGCCUCCUUCGUCUGGGGAAGAGGAGCCGCGCCGCGCGCGUGUGCGCCGCACUGGCCCCGGGACCUUUGAGAUCAGCAUUGCCUGAGAGGCUGCAUGGCACCAAGCUGUGUCAAGAAGAAGGACUGCUGUGA